ACGUAGUGUGUGCCCAACUAGCCCAUGUGAGUUCUCGUUUCCUCAUUUGAGUUUAUAUUUUGGUAGUCAAACCAUUUAAAAAUUACAGACUAGUUACAGAAGCAAUACUAUAACAAUGUUUUAAUAGCUGUCUCUCCUCGUUAAACCCUCUUUUACUUUAUAAAGAGAGAGAACCCUCUCUUGAGUCAAACACCUCUCUCUCACUCUUUUUGCUCACUGUCGUAAUGGUCGCGCCGCUGGAGAAAGCCCUUUUCACCGAAUCAACCCUGAGUCAACUCGGCUUCCCUAACGAGUUCCCUUACGAAUUCGACUCCUCCGCUUUCACCUCCCCGGUAGACUCAACGGAGACGGAAGACGAAACUAGCGAAGACGAAGAUGACUUCUUUGCCGGGUUGACUCGCAGACUCGCUCUCUCUACUCAGCGCCUCCCUUCUCCUCCUCCUCCCUUCCUCAAGGCUACUGAGGUGAACUCGACUGAGUCAACUCGGAGUGGACUCGGGGGCUUGACAACCUCUGGAAACAAAAGUCCCGACGGUCCGUUCUCGCAAGCCCCUUCACGGCCAGAGUCUCCGUGUGUUGAAGAAGACUCUUUGAAAGUAAUAUCUGCUGCAGCUGGAGAAGUCGCCAAGAUCAAAAGGGCGAAUCUUGAUUCGAGCCGCCAAAACCCUAAUCUUAAUCCAUUCAUCCCAUUUCCUCAAAACGCAGCGUUUGGUAGCUACUACUACUAUUGGCUACAGCAGACACCAUCGCAACCCGCUUUGAACUUGUUUCCUUAUCCCGUUAGAGGCGUUUACGCCGCCGCUAAACAACCGUCUGCUGGUACCGGCGUUUUCCUUCCCAAGAAUCACAGAAACCCUUCAGAUUCCCGGAAGAAAGGAGGAGGUGGAUGUGUUAAGCUCCCGACAAAGGUUGUUCAGACACAACAUCUUAAAACUCAAACAUUCUCUGGUCGGUGUAACUCACGUUCCCAAGCUCGUCUCAGUACUAAUUCGAACAACAUCCCCAACCUCAGUUCCGAAACUCAGUUUCCAAAACUGCAGUAACGGUGGCUGUCUGAAGGAAGAAAGACAUCUUCAACAAGAAUGAAUGGUUGUACUGUAGGAUUCAGGACUUUGAAGGAAACGGAGACGGUCGUAGUUAGUGAUGGUUACUGGUUAUAGUAAAGAAGAAUUGUGUGUGGAACGGGGGUGGGGGUGAUAUUUUAUUGGUUAUUGCUUAAUUUAUAUUUGUUGAUUAGGUGAAUGUAGAAAAAGGUUUUAAUAAGAAACUAUUUUUGGUGGGGAGGAAUUUUCAGCUGCUCUUCCUUGGGUGAAGAUUAUGUCUUUGUAGUUGUAGUUGUAGUUGCAGUGCAACACCAUAGAGGAUGUGUUGAGAGUACACAUUAGGGUGCUUUCUACUCUUUUUGGAAUCUGUGAGGGUUGCAAUGAACUAUAUGUAGUUUUUAUUUUGUUGGUUUGUUUGAAUAAAUGAAGCAACGUUUGUAGUGAAUCAUAUUGGUAAUGGAAAUAUAUUGUAUCUGGAAGUAAA